ACCAAGGAACCGGUGGAAGAGGCUUCAAGCGAUGACGACAAUGAAUUCGGGCUCGUCAUCAAAAAGUUCCACAAGUUCAUGAAGAAGGAAUUUGAGCGAAAGGGAAGGAAGCACGACGGUCCUCCCAAAUGCUACGGCUGUGGCGAGAUUGGCCACAUCAAGCCAAGGUGUCCAAAGGCCAAACACGGCAAGGACAAGUUUGGCUUCAAGAAGCAAAGGGCCUACAUCUCUUGGGGUGGCGAUUCCGGCGACGAAUCAACCGACCAAGAGGAGGACGAAGCUGCAAAUCUCUGCCUCAUGGCACACGAAGAUCAAAGCGACGAUGUCCAAGAGGACGAUAUUCGUUUGUUUCACGUCCUGUUGAACGAUGUCAAAUUUGAUUGGGUUCACUUCUUUAUCGUUGCACUUAGCGAUGGCACUCGUUUUUCCCAUCUCCGUUUUGCCAUCCCCAUUAUGCAUAUCCUUGCUCAUUGCAAAAUAGACUUUACUCGGGACACUCAGGUGCCGGUCAAGAAGACGUGUUUCAUCACUGAAGCCAAGUUUUCCCGGAUCGUGUAUCGAGAGGAGGGCGAUGCUGCACCAAAUCUGGACCUGAUAGUCGCCGAAGAAGAAGAAGAAAGCCAAAACGAGAAUCAAGCUGAGUCAUCUCAAGCCGGAGGAAGUCGAGCCACGGAGCGCGUCACUCGUCAACGGAGGACUCGUCCGAGAGAAGAAGCAUCGGAACCUUCUUGGGUGAAGAAGAUCUUCGAUACUCUCACGUGCAUCCGAGAUGACGUUCGCCAGCUCAACGAGAGGAUGACUCGUCUUGAGCAAUCUCGCUCCUACCGUGGCCCGCGUCACAGCUUUGGCGGAGGAGCUCGUCCGGCGAACUCUCUUUGAUUGUUAUUUUUCUCUUGACUGAUUAUGAUACAUUGUUUUUUGUUAUGACUCUUUUGGUGGAUGAUGAUGUUUCCUUUCGAUGAUGCUAGUUAAUAUUAACUGUUUAUGUAUUAGUAUCAUUGUUGGUGUGGCAAUAUUGUUCUUAUUUAGAACAUAUUGUCCCCUUGUGGCAUUUUAAAGAAAACUCUUGCCAUCUU